GGGAGUAUAUAGAGGAACACAGGGGUCUGUACAAGGACAUGAUGACGGAGAAUCACCGGCCCCUCACAUCACUGGAUGGGCCCAGUAACAGAGAUACCCCAGAGAGAUGUCCCCGUCCUCUGUAUUCCCAGGAUUGUACAGAGGAGAAUCACAGGAUCCCACAGGAGGAUCAGGUGCAACGUCUGUCUGAUAUUAAAACAGAAGAUAUAAAGGGAGAGGAAGAGACGUAUGUGACUGAUAUAAAGGCAGAAGAUAUAGAGGGAGAAGAAGAUACGUAUGUGACUGAUAUAAAGGCAGAAGAUAUAGCGGGAGAAGAAGAGACGUAUGUGACUGAUAUAAAGGCAGAAGAUAUAGAGGGAGAAGAAGAGACGUAUGUGACUGAUAUAAAGGCAGAACAUAUAGAGGGAGAAGAAGAGACGUAUGUGACUGAUAUAAAGGCAGAAGAUAUAGAGGGAGAAGAGACGUAUGUGACUGAUAUAAAGGCAGAAGAUACAGAGGGAGAAGAAGAGACGUAUGUGACUGAUAUAAAGGCAGAAGAUAUAGAGGGAGAAGAAGAUACGUAUGUGACUGAUAUGAAGGUAGAAGAUAUAGCGGGAGAAGAAGAGACGUAUGUGACUGAUAUAAAGGAAGAAGAUAUAGAGGGAGAAGAAGAGACGUAUGUGACUGAUAUAAAGGGAGAAGAAGAGACGUAUGUGACUGAUAUGAAGGCAGAAGAAGAGACGUAUGUGAGGGGUGAUCAGCAGUGUAAGGAGGAGGAGAUCCCUACAGAUAUCAGCACAGUCUAUAUUACCGCCGUGGAUGGUAGCCGUAUCCCCAAGGGGAAUAUCUCUCACCAGACUGCACCAGUGGUUUUGGGAGUUGGGGUCUUACACUCUGAAUUAAUUAAGUUCCUAGUCAUUCCUCAAGCCACCCAAGAGAUCGUGCUGGGCAUGCCCUGGCUUCAGCUACACAACCCACAGUUUGACUGGUCAACGUUACAACUCUCUUCUUGGGGUUCACAUUGCCAUCAGUCCUGUCUAGCCCAAAUCUGUCCUAUAAAGUCUACUGAGGUCAAAACACAGUCAAGUCUUCCUGCGGUUUAUCAAGAUUUCUCAGACGUCUUCAGUGAAAAAGCCGCAGAUGUCCUGCCGCCCCAUAGAGAAUGGGAUUGUCCUAUCGAUCUCCUUCCCGGCAAGAAGCCACCUAGGGGGCGUACCUAUCCACUAUCUGUUCCCGAAACGGAAGCGAUGAGCGAGUAUAUCAGGGAAAAUUUACAGAAGGGAUUCAUCCGACCUUCAUCAUCACCAGCUGGUGCAGGCUUCUUCUUUGUCAAAAAGAAGGAUGGAGGACUGCGUCCAUGCAUUGACUACCGGGGUCUUAAUGACAUUACCAUUAAAAAUAGUUACCCAUUACCACUUAUCACCGAAUUAUUUGACAGAGUUAAAGGAGCCCGCAUCUUCACCAAACCUUUAGUCCUAAAUCGUUUCCAGAAAGCUCUUCCAGUUGGUCCCAAAAUUCGAACUCAGCGGGGCGUGGAAUUCGAGAUUGGAAAGAUUCUGGAUUCCCGUUGCCGCUCUGAUCACUCUGAUAUUGGUGCAUCUGUUACAGCUCUGACAGUAGAUACAGUGUUUCCCUGUUCUAUAGAUGCCAAAUGUUUUACACAGAACACAAAGCCUAUUAACCCACACACAGGUAAGGCAGGUGAGAGGCCAUUUCUAUGUUCUGAGUGUGGGAAAUGUUUUACACUGAAAUCACAACUUCUUACACAUCAGCGAAGUCACACAAGUGAGAAUCCAUUUCCCUGUUCUGAGUGUGGGAAAUGUUUUACACGGAAAUCAAAUCUUGUUAUACAUCAGAGAAGUCACACAGGUGAGAAUCCAUUUCCAUGUUCUGAGUGUGGAAAAUGUUUUGCAUACAAAUCAGAACUUGUUAAACAUCACAGAAGUCACACAGGUGAGAAGCCAUUUCCAUGUUCUGAGUGUGGGAAAUAUUUUACACAGAAAUCAAGUCUUGUUAUACAUCAGAGAAGUCACACAGGUGAGAAUCCAUUUCCAUGUUCUGAGUGCGGGAAAUGUUUUUCCCGGAAAUCAGAACUUGUUAAACAUCACAGAAGUCACACAGGUGAGAAGCCAUUUCCAUGUUCUGAGUGUGGGAAAUAUUUUGCACACAAAUCAAGUCUUGUUAUACAUCAGAGAAGUCACACAGGUGAGAAUCCAUUUCCAUGUUCUGAGUGUGGGAAAUGUUUUUCCCGGAAAUCACAACUUGUUACACAUCAGCGAAGUCACACAGGUGAGAAGGCAUUUCCAUUUUCUGAGUGUGGGAAAUGUUUUGUGCACAAAUCAGUUCUUCUUAGACAUCAAAGAAGUCAUACAGGUGAGAAGCCGUUUUCUUGCUCUGACUGCGAGAAAUGUUUUUCCUGGAAAUCACAACUUGUUACACAUCAGCGAAGUCACACAGGUGAGAAUCCAUUUCAAUGUUCUGAUUGUGGGAAAUGUUUUGCACAGAAAUCAGUUCUUAGACAUCAGAAAAGUCACACAGGUGAGAAGCCAUUUCCAUGUUCUGAGUGUGGGAAAUGUUUUGCACACAAAUCAGAACUUGUUAAACAUCACAGAAGUCACACAGGUGAGAGGCCAUUUCCAUGUUCUGAGUGUGGGAAAUGUUUUGCACUUAAAUCAGAUCUUCUUAGACAUCAAAGAAGUCACACAGGUGAAAAGCCAUUUUCUUGUUCUGAGUGUGGGAAAUGUUUUACACUGAAAUCACAUCUUGAUAGACAUCAGAGAAAUCACACAUCAGAGAAGUCACACAGGUGAGAGGCCAUUUCUAUACUAUGAGAAAUAUAUCAGCUCUUGUUGCACAAAAUAGACAUCAGUCAGGUGAGGAACCAUUUUAAUCUUCUGGAGUAUACUUAAAAUGAAGAAAAUAUGAGAUAUGAGGUGCACUCUGGAAGCUUAUAGGGGGUUAAUCAGAGAUGAACGCAGAUGUGACAUCACGCAGCCCCCUGGAAAAUGGUCCAGGCCCUCCCGCAUAUAGACAAAAAU